GUCAACCAACCAACCAUCAACCAAACCACCUCAGCAUAGUCAAAGCGAUUCCCCGAAGAGCACAAGGAACUCGCGACAAUGCUUAUUCCCAAGGCCGACCGCAAGAAGAUCCACGAGUACCUCUUCCGUGAGGGUGUGCUCGUGGCCAAGAAAGAUUUCAACCUUCCCAAGCAUGGAGAAAUCGACACCAAGAACCUUUACGUCAUCAAGGCUCUUCAGUCCCUAGACUCCCGCGGAUACGUCAAGACUCGCUUCUCAUGGCAAUACUACUACUACACCCUCACCCCUGAGGGUCUCGACUACCUCCGUGAAUGGCUCCACGUCCCCGCCGAGAUCGUGCCUGCUACUCACAUCAAGCAGCAGCGUUCCCACGCUCCUCCUCGCGGUAUGCUCGGUGGUGAGGAGCGCGAGCGUCGCCCUGGUGGCCGUGGUGGUCCUCGUGGAGACCGUGAUGGCGGUUACCGUCGGCGUGACGAAGGCAAAGAAGGUGGUGCCCCUGGCGAGUUCGCUCCUACUUUCCGUGGUGGAUUCGGUCGUGGCCGUGGUGCUGCUCCUCCAUCUUAAGAAGUUUUUUCUCACCAGAACUGUGGGAUCGUUUGAAGGACUUUGUUACACUCUUGCGGCGGUUCUACUCCCAUUCUUCGAAAGUUAGUUCUUUGUUGAAUGGUUGAGGAGGAAAUACCCAAUAAAAAAUGGAAAUGGAAAUGGGAUUGAUGCCUUCUGUUCAUGUUUAGUCAUUAUGAAGCUAGACUAAUGGCAGCUAUGACCCAGAGUUCUUAUUUCCUGAUAAGUAUAGAAAUGGGCUGUAAGAGAUUGGCUAUGUGAGACAAAAAGAGCAGAUGAUUAACCUCUGGAGGUAAGGCCUUCUGGCCAUGAUCAUUCAGCCGGUGGACUACGAUUACAGUACAGUAUGUGGUAUUCUGGUAUGCUCAUUGUGCUAAGUCUUAGGUGAAUGUAGACUACAUACCCAGCCUCCAAGCUUUCUUGACUGUCGCCAAGAUUACAUGUAGCCG